AUGUUAUAUAAGCAAGAUACAAAUCAUAAAGACAAAAAACCAUCAAAAAAUGAAGAUGGACAGAAUGAAGAGAAACAACAAGAUAAUAAAUUAUUAUCGUCAUUAGAUGAAGAAAAACGUCGAUCUCAACAGCAACAACAGAAAUUACCACAAUUAAAACAAAAUAACGGUAUAGAUGGAGAUGAUUUUAAAAUACGCGAAGGUGACCAACAAUAUUUGACAAAUUUUCAACGACAAAAAGCAAAUUAUUUCUUCGAAGUUAACUUGGAUAUCGAAAACAAAAAAUAUUUGACAUGGGAAGAUGUAGAGUUUUAUCUAUUGUAUCAUCUGACAAUUGCCAAUAAAGAAGGAGUUGGUAAUUUGGAACAAGAUUUGUCUCGUAAAACACGUGAAUUAUGGGCGUUUAUUCAUAAUACUUAUCCAAAUGCCGAUCAACAAGUGCUGACUUUAUCUCAAUUCUUAGACACUUGGGGAGCAUUAUCCGAAUAUAUCGUAAAAUAUAAUCAAGUACCGAAAUCGUUUGAAGAAUGGUUUAAGUUAGGAUUUGAUUUAUAUGAUUUUGAUGGUCGUAAUGAGAUUCCUCCAGUAUCAUUUCAAAAAUUGUACAAAAAAAUGAACUUAGAUUUACGAUAUGCAAUGUUUGCUCAUAAAUUUUUGACAGAGAGUGGCGCGAAGCCAUUGGAUUUUGAACGUAUAUUAGGCACAAUAAAAGCGUUAAUAACAUCAUCUGAUGACGAACAUUAUAGUCACUUUCUAUUGCCAGGAUUUUUUAAACAAAUCAAGUCGCCAAACGCUCAAAAGAAUAAGAAAUCAGACAAUAUUGAAACUAAAAAUGGCGACGAAAAAAUAUCGAAAGACUCAUCAGUUCAACCAGGUAGCGAGAGAAAAUCAAGUAAAAAGCAUCAGCAACAAAAUGGUCAAAGUUCACUAAGAGGUCAACAAAAUGCUCCCUUCUUUAUUAAUCCUAUGUUUGGUAGACCAGCCGGUUUCAUGCCUCAAGGUUUCCGUUCACAACAUCAAUAUGACAGUGUUACGUCUCCAACUUUACAAAAACAACAAUCGAGAAAAGAGAGUCAACAACAAAUUCAAGGUCAAGAGAUUCUUCCACAACGUUCGCCUCAAAAAGAUAAUGGAGCUUCAUUUCCUGAUAUAGGUAAUUAUCAAAUUCUUACUCCCAUCAGUAGUGAGCCUAUUGCUGAUGAUGAUGAAUAUAUUCGAACUGUUUUGCGUGAAUUGAAUAUCGACAUUAGCGAAGUUGAAAUUAUCGAUGGUAAUAAUCAACGACGUAUUUUGUCGGAUAAAAAUAAUGAAAUCAAUGAACAAGGACCAUAUCGACAACCUUCGAAUGUUUAUCCAAAUUUACGACAAAUACCACCAAUACAGCAGCAACGAAGACAUGAUUAUCCAUCAAAUGGUAAACAUCAAGAACAGAGCCAAUUACUGACAGAUGGCUUGGCUGCUAUUAUUCAAGCUCACGAGCAUCCCGAUCAAAAGCAUACUCAACAAAAAGUGCAACAACACUCUUCUCAACAGCAAGCCUUAUCAAAGCCUCGCACAUUUUUCUCUCAGCAACGACCGCAACAACCUCCAAGUACCCCGUAUUCUCAACCACCGUUUUCCUACUUAUCGCAAGGCCAACAACGCCCACAUCAAUUUCAACCUCAACAGCGCGUUCCUUUGGAACCGACAAAACCGUUUGCUGAACAACAACGAUCAACAGGAAUUCGUCAAGUUUAUCCUCCGUUUGAGCAUCAACAAAGACCAUCGAGAUCUGAAAAUAUUUCCCAAAAUCAAUAUCAGAUAAAUAUACCACAAUUGUUUCCUCGUCAACGCCAAGAAUCGAACCAGUAUUUGGGCGAGCAAAGAUCAGGAUUAUUCACGAAUAAAAAAGAACAGAAAACAAAAACGGAGGAUACAUCUCCAAAUCGGCAUGAUCGUAGUAAUAAUAGCAGCAAUCACUGGCCACAGUCGACCUCGACGAAUAGGAAAGAUCAGCAUCCGCCAACUGUAAAAAGUCCUCAACAGCAAGAAAAUGAUAAAUCAAGUCCAACAGCUUCAAUUAACUUGUCUACCGAAGAUGUUACCAACACUAAUCAGCAGCAAACACCUUCUGCUUCAGCAAAAAAAGCUGAUGAUAACAAAAAACCAAAUGAAUUAAUCACGCCUAAAGAAGAAGAUGAAUGUAUCAGUAAGAUUCUUCGACAAGUGACACCGUUCGUUGAGAAAUUAGUCCGUGAUGAAGUGAGAAAAACGAUCACCAAAGGAAAUAGAGGGGGUGCAUCGACUGAUAGCGACGAUGAUGAAGAGAUGAUUAUGGCUAGCGAUGGAGCGUUCUUUGAUGCAAAUCCAUUUCAAUUCUUGUUUGGUGGUGGAGGACCUUUCAUGCAUCCAAGAAAUGGGGGUCGAGGAAUGUUUCCCUCUCAAGGUCAAGAUCAAAAUUCACAACCACCCCAGAAACAACAACAGCAGUCGAGAAGAAGACCAACUGAUCCAUUUCAGAGUAAUCCAAAAGAGUUUCUAAGAGAAGAAAAUUUUUCCAAUGAUCAACCGUUUCAAGGUGGACCCCAAAAUGACGAGGAGCCAACGCUGAAGAAUACUGAUCGCUAUGAUAUAAGUGACCCAAUGUUCUAUACAGGCGAUUCGUUUGGCAUGGGCCCUUCGCCAUUUAUGCAUCCGGUGUUUAUGUCAAUGAUGGGUGCACCGAUGUUCAGUGGACCUGGAAUGGGAGUGAACGGAAAUUCAUCAGGUGUGAGACCGCAAGGACCAAGAAUGGGCAGUGGGCCAAUGGAAGAAGGUUACAUUCUGAUUAUGGGUAAUGAAGGUGACCAUGAUAAUCCUGGCCGAGGUCGACGACCACCACCAUCUGCUCAAUAA